GAGGCAGGGGUCAGUCACAGAAGUUUCCUUACUUUGCGUUUGGGUUCUCGUUUUUGUCAGCAUGAAGCUUUUAUGGGGGUUGGUUGUUAUCCUCACGUUGUUUUUUGUUGUAAACUCGGCUCCACCAACAUGCUAUUCCAGAGUAUUACAUUUGAACAAAGAAAUUAUGGAGUCCAUGGAGAAGCUGCAAAAGUAUCAACGUACGAAACACUGUGUAGAAGUUUUGCCCAAGAUGUACCUUGAUAUUCACAACUCGUGUGUAAUGGCCAAACUUAGAGAUGUCAUGUAUAUUCUGGAAAACCUCCCCAUUCCCCAAUGUAGAGAAAAACCCAGAAUAAUUGGAUUGAAGCGCAAAAUCAGAAGCUUGUACACCAUUAUCAACAAAGUGUGCUACAGGGACUUGGUAUUUUUUACCGAUGACUGUGAUGCCUUGGAAACGGGUGAAAGCACUCCUAGACACGGAGAAGAACAGCUUCAACUUCUUAUAGAGAGAUGAAAAAGCUGACUAUACAUAGUUACUCAUCGGGUGAUGUGGAACUGUCUGUAUUAGAGCAUAUAUAGGCUGCAGCAGUCUGUCAAACCUUCUACAGGAAAUUCAUUAAAUGCCUUUCAUUCCUCAGAAACCUGACUGCAAAAAAGUACGACGAUGCGUCUCUGUAUCGGUGCCUAGUUACAGACGAGAGGUGCUGCGCUGGCUUUUAUCAAGGAAACCUUUUGUGCAUGUGUGUGGUAUGAAGAAUAUAUCUUUACGAAACCGGAUUCAAUACAGUGAAUAAUUAAUUUAACUUGUGUACGGCAUUUAACUGAAGGUUGUUUCAUAUGUAUUUCAAUAUUCAACCACAAUUACCUGUAGUGAUGGCCGUGCUUAUCUUUGUAUGUCACCUUCAUCUCCCUUAUGUAAAACGACUUGUCUAACCUUAGUGAUUUAGUCCAGAAACGUGUAGAGUUAAAUUACCUCGAGGUAUGUUGGUUUCCCUACACUACAGUUUCCAAAAAAAAAAAAAAAAAAAAAAAAGAGGAUUUUAAAGUUAUGUGUUGAAUCUUUUAGUAUUUGUCUUAAGUUGUUUUACAGUGUGCGCUUGUAGACUUGUUUAUUGUUGUAUUUCUGACUUAUUGUAUAUGUUUACAAUAAAUAAAGUCCAAUGGGUAUAGUGAA